AUGGAAAAAGUUAUUGACUUCAUGAAGGAGGAUGAGGAGGAGGGGGAGGCUUACCUCGAUGCUCAUCUCAUUGGCAUUGCGACCCCUCAUGGCAACUGGGGUCUCGUCGGAACCAGAGCACCACCUUUCCCCUUUGCUCAAGCACACACCAACUAUUCCUCACCCUUCCUGAUACCUCCUCCUCCUCCUCCUCCAGCACAAACCACUUCAAACAGUUCAAUGCUACACCAUCGACGCCUCACCUCAUCACCCCCUCGAGGAGCUCAAUACGGAAAAGAGGUAUUGGAAGGUGCAGUUGAAUCGAGAGUGCGAGACUGUCUUGCGUUCCCAGUGCGGGAGGUGGGUGAGGAGAGCGGAUGA